UUUCAUUUAUUACAUUGGCAAUACAAGAAAAUUAGAAUACAGAAACACACAUAUAUAGAGAUCAAUCUUUGUGGACCCUUUAUUAUAAACAAACACAAAUCUCUUCGCAAAAUAACAAUAGUGCUUCAAACUGAAAGCCUUUCAUCAUUUCAAAUCAAAUGAUGCCAUGGUUUAUCUCGAUGUCAAGUAGGUAGUUCGACCUAGUAGUGCGAUGGAGGAGGGGGUGAUGAAUAGUAGUAGGGAGACGGUGAAGGAGACUUCUUAGGAGGAGGAGGGGACGAGUAAUGGUAUGGUGGCGGUGGAGA